AGUUACGUACAAUAUCAAAUCCUAUGAAUCUGAAACAAUAAACUCAAACUAUGAUGAUGGUUUCUAGCAAAAUAUUCUCUUCACUUCAGUUUUUCACACUUUUCUACCUCUUUACAGUUGCAUUUGCUUCCACUGAGGAAGCAAUUGCCCUCUUGAAAUGGAAAGCAACUUUCAAGAACCAGAAUAAUUCCUUAUUGGCUUCAUGGACGCCAAGUUCUAACGCAUGCGAGGACUGGUAUGGAGUUGUAUGCUUUAAUGGUAGGGUAAACACGUUAGCUAUUACAAAGUCCAGUGUCAUUGGUACACUCUAUGCUUUUCCGUUUUCAUCUGUCCCUUUUCUUGAGCAUCUUAAUCUUAGCAAGAACAAUUUCUCUGGCACCAUUCCACCUGAGAUUGGUAAUCUCACUAAUCUUGUCUAUCUUGACUUGAACACCAAUCAGAUUUCAGGAACAAUCCCACCACAAAUCGGAUCACUAGCCAAGCUUCAGAUCCUCCGUAUGUCUCUUAGUAUCCUACAUUUGAGUAAUAACUCUCUUAAUGGCACUAUUCCUUCUUCAUUGGGGAAUUUGAGCAAUUUGUUUGGUUUGUAUCUUUAUAAUAAUCAGCUUUCUGGCUCUAUUCCUGCAGAAAUAGGUUACUUGAGUUCUCUUACUUAUCUAUAUUUGGGUAAUAGCUCUCUUAAUGGAUCUAUUCCUGCUUCAUUUGGCAAUUUGAGAAAUCUGAAAACUAUGAUUCUCAAUGAUAACAAUCUCAUUGGGGAAAUUCCUUCAUUUGUGUGCAAUUUGACAUCACUGGAAGUGUUGUGUAUGCCGAGAACCAAUUUGAAGGGAAAAGUUCCGCAAUGUUUGGGUAAUAUAAGUGGCCUCCAGGUUCUAGUGAUGUCACAUAAUAAUCUCAGUGGAAAGAUGCCUCCAUCUAUUUCCAAUUUAACGUCACUACAAAUUCUAGAUUUGGGCAGAAACAAUCUGGAGGGAGCAAUUCCACAAUGUUUUGGCAAUAUUAGUAGCCUCCAGGCGUUUGAUAUGCAGAAUAACAAACUUUCUGGGACUCUUCCAACAAAUUUUAGCAUUGGAUGUUCACUUAUAAGUCUCAACUUGCAUGACAAUGAACUAGAGGGGGAAAUCCCUCGGUCUUUGGCCAAUUGCAAAAAGCUGCAAGUUCUUGAUCUAGGAGAUAAUCAUCUCUAUGACACAUUCCCCAUGUGGUUGGGAACUUUACCAGAGCUGAGAGUUCUAAGAUUGACAUCGAAUAAACUGCAUGGACCUAUAAGAUUUUCAGGGGCUGAAAUCAUGUUUCCUGAUCUUCGAAUCAUAGAUCUCUCUAGCAAUGCCUUUUCGAAAGACUUACCAAAGAGUCUGUUUCAACAAUUGAAAGGCAUGAGGACUGUUGAUCAAACAAUGAAGACACCAAGUUAUCUAGGAGGUAGAUAUAACUACCAAGACUUGGUAGUUGUUGUAACGAAGGGAUUGAAGCUUGAAGUUGUGAAAAUUUUGUCUUUGUACACAGUUAUCGAUCUUUCAAACAACAAAUUUGAAGGACAUAUACCUAGUGUUCUAGGAGAUCUUAUUGCGAUUCGGGUACUUAAUUUAUCUCAUAAUGGGUUGCAAGGCUAUAUAUCACCAUCACUUGGAAGUUUAUCUGUACUGGAAUCAUUGGACCUUUCAUUUAACCGCCUUUCGGGAGAGAUACCACAACAACUUGCUUCUCUUACGUCUCUUGAAUUCUUAAAUCUCUCCCACAAUUAUCUCCAAGGAUGCAUCCCUCAAGGACCCCAAUUUCAUACCUUUGAGAACAGUUCAUUUGAUGGUAAUGAUGGAUUACGUGGAUUCCCCAUUUCAAAAGGUUGUGGCAAUGAUCCUGUGUCGGAGACAAACUAUACAGCUGCGCUAGAAGAUCAAGAAAGAAAUUCUGAAUUUUUCAAUGAUUUUUGGAAAGCAGCUCUGAUGGGCUAUGGCAGUGGGCUAUGUAUUGGCUUAUCCAUAAUAUAUUUCUUGAUCUCAACUGGAAAUCUAAGAUGGCUUGCAAGAAUCAUUGAAGAACUGGAACACAAAAUUAUCAUGCGAAGGAGAAAGAAGCAGCGAGGUCAAAAGAAUUACAGAAGAAGAAAUAAUCGCUUCUAGACAAGUUACCAGUAAAGAAGAAUUUGAUUUCAGAACUUCAGGUAUUC